GUUGAGCAGCGGCUUCCCCGGUGUCCAGGCCGGACGGGAACGCCUUACUAGGCUUGCUUCGUACCCUACCGGUGGUGCCUGGCAGCCAAGCAGCAGCCACCACAACCGACCCUGUACGUGGUGUCUCUCUGGAUCCGAGCUUUCUGUGCAGGUUAAGUCCCUCGGGCCACGCCGACCCCUUGCCACUAUGCCCCUUGCGACCACUCUUGGCACCCUGGUGCUACUGUUGCUGCUACCGCUGCCCCGCGGUGCUGAAGUGACUGGGGACCACUCGAAUGUCGCCUUGGACUACGGAGCCUUGGAAGGCGAGGAGGGCACGGAGCAGCAGCUGCAUUACCACGACCCCUGCAAAGCUGCUGUCUUCUGGGGAGAUAUUGCUCUGGAUGAAGAUGAUCUCAAGUUAUUUCACAUCGACAAGGCCGAGGACUGGACCAAGCCAUCCAUGGACAAACCGGGACACGACACUGGUGGCCUUGAGGAGACAUUUGCAAGGUGGCCAAACGAUACAGCCUCUAAUGCCAGCAUCCAGGCACCAAGAAAGGAUGGCAAGGAUGCCACCACAUUUCUGCCUGGCCCUGGGACCUCAAACACCACCACUAAGACCUUUUCUGCUCGGGUCCGAAGAGCUACAACCUCAAGGACAGAGCGGAUUUGGCCUGGAGGGGUCAUUCCUUAUGUCAUCGGAGGGAACUUUACUGGUACCCAGAGGGCCAUUUUCAAACAGGCCAUGAGGCACUGGGAGAAGCACACCUGUGUGACCUUCGUAGAGAGGACAGAUGAGGAAAGCUUCAUUGUGUUCAGUUACAGGACCUGUGGUUGUUGUUCCUAUGUGGGACGCCGAGGAGGUGGCCCGCAGGCCAUAUCCAUCGGGAAAAACUGUGACAAGUUCGGCAUUGUGGCUCAUGAGCUGGGCCAUGUGGUUGGGUUCUGGCAUGAACACACUCGGCCAGACCGAGACCAGCAUGUCACCAUCAUCAGGGAAAACAUCCAGCCAGGUCAGGAGUAUAAUUUCUUAAAAAUGGAAGCCGGCGAGGUGAGCUCUCUGGGAGAGACCUACGACUUCGACAGCAUCAUGCACUAUGCCCGGAACACCUUCUCAAGAGGAGUUUUCUUAGACACCAUCCUCCCUCGUCGAGACGACAAUGGCGUCAGGCCAACCAUUGGCCAACGCGUGCGGCUCAGUCAGGGAGAUAUAGCUCAAGCCAGGAAGCUGUACAAAUGCCCAGCAUGUGGGGAGACACUACAGGACACGACAGGAAACUUUUCGGCACCUGGCUUCCCAAAUGGUUACCCCUCCUAUUCCCACUGCGUCUGGAGGAUCUCCGUCACCCCAGGGGAAAAGAUCAUCCUAAAUUUCACCUCCAUGGAUUUGUUUAAGAGCCGCCUGUGCUGGUACGAUUACGUGGAGAUCCGGGAUGGUUACUGGAGAAAGGCCCCCCUGUUGGGGAGGUUCUGUGGCGAUAAGGUACCUGAGCCCCUCGUCUCCUCGGACAGCCGGCUCUGGGUGGAAUUCCGUAGCAGCAGCAGCAGUCUGGGCAAAGGCUUCUUUGCUGUAUAUGAAGCCAUGUGUGGGGGAGACAUAACCAAAGAUGCAGGCCAGAUUCAAUCUCCCAACUACCCUGACGACUACAGACCUUCCAAGGAAUGUGUGUGGAGGAUCACAGUGUCAGACGGGUUCCAUGUGGGACUUACCUUCCAGUCCUUUGAGAUUGAAAGGCAUGACAGUUGUGCAUAUGACUAUCUGGAAAUCCGAGAUGGUCCCACAGAGGAUAGCACCCUGAUUGGUCACUUCUGUGGCUAUGAGAAGCCGGAGGCCGUGAAAUCCAGCGCCAACCGACUGUGGGUGAAGUUUGUGUCCGACGGCUCCAUCAAUAAAGCGGGCUUUGCAGCCAAUUUCUUCAAGGAGGUGGAUGAGUGCUCCUGGCCAGACCACGGUGGGUGUGAGCAGCGCUGUGUAAACACACUCGGCAGCUACACGUGUGCCUGUGACCCUGGCUACGAACUGGCUGCCGACAAGAAGACAUGUGAAGUGGCCUGUGGUGGCUUCAUUACCAAGCUAAAUGGCACCAUCACCAGCCCUGGAUGGCCGAAAGAGUAUCCCACCAACAAGAACUGUGUCUGGCAGGUGGUGGCUCCCGUGCAGUACCGCAUCUCCCUGCAGUUUGAAGCCUUUGAGCUGGAAGGCAAUGACGUCUGUAAGUAUGACUUCGUAGAGGUACGCAGUGGCCUGUCUCCAGAUGCCAAGCUUCACGGUAAAUUCUGUGGCUCCGAGACACCGGAGGUCAUCACAUCGCAGAGCAACAACAUGCGAGUGGAGUUCAAGUCUGACAACACCGUCUCCAAGCGAGGCUUCAGGGCCCACUUCUUCUCAGACAAGGACGAGUGUGCCAAAGACAACGGCGGCUGCCAGCAGGAGUGUGUCAACACGUUCGGGAGCUACCUGUGCAGAUGCAGGAAUGGGUACCGGCUGCACGAGAACGGACACGACUGCAAAGAGGCUGGCUGUGCCUACAAGAUCAGCAGUGCAGAGGGGACCCUGAUGAGCCCCAACUGGCCAGACAAAUACCCUAGCCGGAAGGAAUGUACCUGGAACAUUUCGUCAACCGCAGGCCACAGGGUGAAAAUUACAUUCAGUGAGUUUGAGGUUGAACAGCAUCAGGAAUGUGCCUACGACCACCUGGAACUGUACGACGGCACGGACAGCUUGGCCCCCAUCCUCGGCCGCUUCUGCGGCAACAAGAAGCCGGAUCCAGUGGUGGCGACAGGCAGCAGCCUGUUCCUCAGGUUUUACUCGGAUGCCUCGGUGCAGCGGAAAGGCUUCCAGGCUGUGCACAGCACAGAGUGUGGGGGCAGGCUGAAGGCUGAAGUACAGACCAAAGAGCUCUAUUCCCAUGCCCAGUUUGGGGACAACAACUACCCGAGCCAGGCCCACUGUGACUGGGUGAUAGUGGCAGAAGACGGUUAUGGUGUGGAGCUGAUAUUCCGGACCUUUGAGGUUGAGGAGGAAGCUGACUGCGGCUACGACUUCAUGGAGGCUUAUGAUGGGUACGACAGCUCGGCACCCAGGCUCGGCCGCUUCUGUGGCUCAGGGCCAUUAGAGGAAAUCUACUCUGCAGGAGACUCGCUGAUGAUCCGUUUCCACACGGACGACACUAUCAACAAGAAAGGCUUCCACGCCCGGUACACCAGCACUAAGUUCCAAGAUGCCUUGCACAUGAGGAAGUAGUGGCUCAGUUCUGGAAAGACAGAGAGAGACUGAGGGUGUUUUAAACACUUGUGAGCAAGCAGCCUCCUGUGUACAGUGUUUUUCUUCACAACAAAAAACCCAAACUACAUUCUUGAAACUCUAUACCUGGAUGACAGUACAUGCCUUUGGCCAACGGGAGGAGGGAGAGGAGCAGUUGGUUCUGGCCGUGGCGUUAUCAGUCGCAGCUUCUGGAGGAGGUCAAAAUUUGAUGUUAGUGACCAAACGAGAUGUGCUUCUUCGCAUUUGUCUCUAAGCUUUGCUCCUAUGGGUCCAAAGGCCAGCCUGGGGCAAAAGGCCAGCUUAGGGCAAAAAGGCUGCCUCUUUCUCAACUCUGGAUCGGCUUCCAUAGAUGGCAUGAGCCCAUGCUGGUGACUUGGCUGCCUUCUGACAGUACUGGGCAUGGAGGAUUAUAGAGUGGCAGCGGCUACGCUGAUACUCACAGGUGUGGCUGAAUGCUUCUGUGCAGAGUCAAGCCAAUCAAGACACCCGAGGCCGUGGGCAUCCCAGGGCACAGAGAGGAGGCUCAACCUGGGAACCACAUAAUGGCGCUGGAAGACCUUGAGCAUUUUCCUCUGUCCCUGAUUGUCCUUGCCACCUCUGGGCAGCCCCUAUCAUCAGCCCCCAUUCAGAAAGGAGAACCCACGGUCACUCCCGGCAGAACAUUCGCUGGUGAGCACCCCCAGGUUGCUGAGACGCCGCCUCCUAGCUUCACCAAAUAUUCCUCUUCUGCUCAGAGGCUUAGAAGAUGAUGUCACCUGGGCUGGGGUUCCCAUGGGCUUCCAGGAACCUCCCAGCUGUAAAGGCACCUGCUCUGGCAAACCUCAGCCCCUGGACAGCCAGUUCAAACAGCAUCUGUGAGACGUGCCACGUCAUCUCAGGGCCAAUUCAGGUCUCACUAGGAGAAAACUAGUAAUUCCAAGAGCCAUCAUCUCUGGAACAAGGUGGUCUGUGGCAUGACUCAUGUAACCGGACAGGUUAGAGUGCAUGGAUGGCUUUGCUGGGGUUAACCGGGACCCAGUCACCCUCUUGCACUCAAAAUUCUCAGCACCCUGCACUUGCUCUAGCGGCGUGUUAAAGGUGAUGUUUACAUAAUUUUAGCACCUCAAGGUAUAAUUGAAAUAGUGAGGUAGUUUUGAAUGGCAUUUCGUUAAGGCAUCUCUGGGCAUUAUGAGCUAAAAGCUGUGGUACGUUAGCUUUCUAAGAGCAUUUAUGUUGGAAUACUUUUAAAAUAAUGUUUACAUUAACUAACUGCAAGUCCUGUUGGGUUGGUGGCAAAUGCAGGGCAGCAGCACAGGAGACUGUUGUUGUUAGAGAUGGUUUAGCUCCCAAGCACCAGAAUCCCUAUGUGAUGGACUGUCACUUUAAACGAAGCAUAUAUGAAAGCUAAAGUUUCUACUUUUAAAAAAAAAAAAUCACAGUAUCCCCAUCAGAGGAUGACAUCCAAUUGAAAUAAGUGCUGGGAGCGAGAACUAGAAGGAGAUGAAAUAAGAGAGAGAAAUACAUCCAAGUAUUAUUAUUAUUAAUAAUAUAUGUCUGUAUAUAUGUAUCUAUGUGUGUAUGUAAGGGUCAGUUAUCAAUGCCUUAACAGGGCAUCGCGACAGUGCCAACCCACUGACUGUGGCUUAUCUUCAGACUCUGGUGCUGGCCCCAGACCCUAUGCCUCUCCCUUCAAAACCGAGACCUCUUCUCUCUUCUCUUGGCUCUGGACUGUAAGCUUCAGACUCCAUCAUGUCCUGAUUGCUGGCUUCAUAUGGCAAAAGAGACAGCUUAUGCCAUGGUUCUUGUCCCCUCAGCCCACUGGGGUAGAUUCCACAUCUCUGAUGUGUGUGUGUGUGUGUGUGUGUGGUGUGUGUGUGUACGUGUGUGUGCAUGUGUGUGCGUGUGCAUGUGUGUGUGCACACAUGUGUGUGCAUGUGUGCAUGUGCAUGUGUGUACGUGUGAUUAGCUUUUAUUUUUGCCUCAUCUUGUCUGGCAAGGGUGGAAUGGACGUCAGGAUGCAUUAGGUAUCUGUCACCCAUCUCAAUGCACACAGAUAAAAAUUCUGUAUUUUUAACCUUUAGAAAUGUAACUAAGAUUGGCAAAUCCCAUGGAAAAUAGGAGCUGGGGAGAAUCAGGGUUGGUUUCAGCAUUUGUCACCCUGGUGACACACUGAUAAUUCUUUUUAGAGUGAAUGUUUUCAGAAGCACACAGCUUUAGCAGAGGCCAGCUUACAACAAUAGGGCUCUUAUGAAAGCUCUUAUUUAGGCCUGUGAAUGACAUAUUCCCAGAAGACAGGCUCAGAUUCAACAAGGGCUGCUUGAGGGCCCCCCUCUGGAAGCCAACACCCACAGGGAUUCACACAUGACACAGGCCCUCAAGGAACCACAGGCUGGCUUCCAAGGAUAGAGGACCACUCCACCAACAGACACAGGGGUCUGCUUUGGCCCUUCCAACUGCUCAGUGGCCUCUGGAAAUGUCAGCUGUGGAUGGAUAGAGGGGCUCGAGGUUAGCUCUUAGAUUUACACUUUAUGUGGGACCAGGCCUGGGGGGGGGUCAUAGAGUUCUAAGAUCUAAAAACUGCCUCUGGGACAAAUGACGUAAGGAAGAGCUUGGAGCUCGGGUCUCCUGCCUGAUGUAAUUCUAUUCUGAGUCAGCAGAAAGUAGGACCUGACCCCAGGAUGGGAAAACCUCUUCAAACAGCUGAAGCCAGGCUGCGUAUGGAUUCACUAUUUUCUCUAAAGUAUCUUUAUCAGAAUUUCCCUCUACACAGCCGUGGCAUUCACAAAUUGCCCAGUCUGUUUAAAUAAUUCUUUAAACACAGUUCACCAGCAAAUCUGCAUAGGACCAUGCUGCCAGUUUUGCCCCGUUGCUCUGCACGGUUCUUGGUAUUGCUCACACAGUCUGGGAAGAGACGGCCCCUUAGCACCCACAGAUGUUUUUCAAAGUUUGCUUUGCAGAUUGUGAUCAAGGUUCCAAUCGGCAACCCCGAAUAUCCAAAAAUGUUCUUUUUUUUUUUUUUAAUGGAAAAGUGUUAUCUAUAAAUAUAAAGGUAUUUUUAUUUUGAGUAACUUUACAUUUCGUGUAAAAUGUCCGUUGGCAAGAACAUGGGGAGCUGGUAACCCUUGUUUGAAAAUGAUGGUUUCAUUAAAGAAUGUGGAUUU